UUGCGUUUACGCAUUCACUUGAAACGGGAAAGCCAGGAUUGUAAUGGCUACUGAUGGCUACCAAUCCAUGGUUAUGUGAGUGACGUAAUUCUCUGAAGUCUAUCAGUAUUUUUAUUUGUAUAACAUUGCCUUAAGUGAGGGUUACAAGGGCUUGUUUCAUAUCUAUUUAAGAAAACAUAUUGGUAGGUGAAGCGUUAGUUGUGCGUGGAUCGUCAAUAGACGUGCGUUUCAUCAAUAUGUCUGAAGGCGAUAUUGUAGCAUCGCAGAAACAGCAGCAGCAUCAGCAUCAUCAUAAUCACAAUCAUCAUCAUCAUCAUCAAUUGCAGCAGCAGCAGCAGCAGCAGCAGCAGCAACAGCAACAACAGCAGCAGCAAUUGGGUGCAAAUUCAAUGGCAAAUAUGGCUUGGCAAUAUCCACCUCCAGGUAGCAUGCAUCUCUACCCUCCUUAUGCAGGGCACAUGUAUGGACAAGGGUACAGUCCCCAAGGGCAAAUGUAUUAUUACAAUCAAGGAAUGAUACCAGGAUAUGGACAAGCUUUUAAUCCACAGCAGAUGCAGCAACAACAUCAGCAGCAGCAGCAACAACAGCAACAGCAAAAACAUUCUCAGAAUAAUCAAGGAAAGCAGCAAACUCAGCAACAGCAGCCACCAGUUCCUGGAACUCCAGUGGUACUCGACGAUGAGACUGAUCUUCCUCCACUUCCUCCAGGACCACCACCUCCUCCACAGUCAGCACAGCAACAAAAUAGCCAAGUUCAAUCUACUCUUCAGCAUCCAACAUCGUUUGUUUACAACUCCUAUCCUUAUGGCAAUUGGACUACAAUGCAAAGUGACCACUCUCCAUUCAACGGACAAAUAAGAUUUAAUCUACAAAACAAGAAAACUGGCCUGGGUUUCACGCCAUCCGGCAAUAGUGGGGCAGCGAAAAAAAAACGUAAGAGGAAUAAAAAUCUUGCGGCACAAUUCAACAAUAGCUUUCAGGGAAAUACGGCGACUUCGAACUUUAUUCCGGGACCAAACCUAAAAUCCGAGUUACCACCCCUGCCUCCCGUGCAGCAUGAACCACCACUCCCACCACCACCAACAGAAAAAUCCUCGGAUCCUGCCCCUUCCGUUGCAGCAACGACAGUGACGACAACAACGACAGUGACAACACCGACGACAAACAUAUCGUCGACUACCAGCAGGCCGAUGGUACGUACUUCAACUGGGGUAUCGAGUCAGAAUCCUGUUGGAGAUUGGCCUGACAGUUUGAAGAAUUAUGUUAAUCGAUGCUAUGAAAAAUGCAAAACUGCUGUCGAUAAGGAUCAGGUUGAGAUAAUAUUGAAGGGUAAAAUCACACGGGCUGCUAACGACGGCUCCCUUUGGGUGAAGGACUGGGAUAAAGAGCCUCUGCCCAGUAUACAUAGCGAGCGCAUGACCAUGACGAUUAAAGCCCAAAAUCCACAAUUAAAGCUAACGAAUCCAUUGGCUAGUGCGCAGGGGGGCCUGCGCAAGCCAGGCCUUUCCACAUCUCUCGGGGCUCGGCUUGGCGCUCGUCUCUCUGCGAAUCACAGAAGGUCAAGAUCAAGGUCACGAUCACGGUCACGGUCACGGUCAAGGUCAAGGUCUCGUUCACGUUCAAAAUCACGUUCGCGGUCGCGCAGUCCACCUACACGCAAAUACAAACGAAGCACUUCAUCUUCUUCCAACGUUAGCGAAUACGAUUACAAAUCAUCGAGGAUAAAAAAAUCAAACCGCAGCAAACAAAAUCACGGGAAUAAGACGAAGACUAAGAAGACUAAGCAGGCUAAGUCGCAUUUCUAUUCCGAGUUUGGUUUAGCUACAGGCAAUAUGGACGAUCUUGGAUCCAAGGAAAAAUUGCAGCAACGUGCAGCUAGAUUUCACGAGACGGUUUCUAGGAGCGGCAACAACGGAACGAGGGACGACACUACAACCGAUUUUGAUUUCACGGGACUUCAUAUCGUCGGAACUUGCAAGGAUCUUGAAAAACCUUAUCUGCGUCUGACAUCGGCUCCCGCAGCUUCUGCCGUGCGACCGGUAAGUGUACUUCGGAAUUCGCUGGUUCACGUGAAGAAGCGCUGGAUCGUCGAUCAAGAUUAUAGAUACGCAUGCGAUCAACUGAAGUCUAUUCGUCAAGACCUGACUGUCCAAGGUAUUAGAGAUCCAUUCACAGUUCACGUUUAUGAGACACAUGCGCGUGUGGCUCUAGAACGUGGCGAUCAUGAAGAGUUUAACCAAUGCCAAACGCAAUUACGAAUGCUCUACCAAGACGUUGGUGGGGAAAACCGAUUGGAAUUCAUCGCAUACAGAAUAUUGUAUUAUAUCUUCACAAAAAACACUCAAGAUUUAACUACAAUUUUAGCAGACCUGUCAGACAAAGAUAAGGAUGACGAAUGUAUAAAACACGCAUUAAAAGUACGAUCCGCCUGGUGGUUGGGUAAUUACCAUGCGUUUUUCAAGCUAUACAGUAAGGCACCAAGAAUGGCAGCAUUCCUGAUGGACUGGUUUAUUACCAGAGAAAGAAAAAAUGCCUUAAAACUCAUGAUCAAGUCCUACCGGCAAAAUUUGGCGGUUGAUUUCAUCAUCGCGGAAUUGGCCUUUGAAUCUUUGGACAAGUUUUAUGAAUUUGUCGUUGAGUUUGGGUUGGUUUAUGCCGAUCCCACACGACAGCAAAUCGAUUGCAAGACGAGCAGUGCUUCUCUAGGUGCUUGGUAAAACAUCAACGGCGGUCCACUUUAUUUUCUCCUUGUGGGGACCGGAUAUAACGACAAAAAGUAUAUACUUAAAUUAUUUUUACACAACAUCGUGUGAAAAAAAAGGCAAGGACGGAGGUACACGCACGUGCAUCUAUAUGAUGCGCAUUUAACACUGCAAGUCACGUGCCCAUUUACGCGUAUACGUAUGAUCAUAACGUACAUACACGCACUCAAAUAUGUGCGGCUCGCAGUCUCUGCAUUCAUGCAAUUCUUUACAUAACUCAAUCCCAUCGAUGUCAUUAAUUGAAGUGAAAGCUUUAACAGAAGAUAUCUAUGUCACAUCAGAUGUAUAUAAUUUCUCAAGAAAGCAACAGAUUUUACAUAAUGCAUCAAAAGAAGAGGACGAAUCAUAUUUCUGUGUUUCAAUGAUUCUCUUUGUUCGUUGAGUACUUUUGCUGCACUUUUUUAAGAAACACAAAUAGGGAAACGCAUUUUGCGAUAUAUUCCCACCACCUUUAUGAACGAACUAUUCUAGUCGUUUCGUAAGAAACGAUAAUUUUUACAUUCCUCCAGUUUCGAUAUGAAGUAUUUCUUUGCAAACUUUCCCGCUUGAAUUCCUUGCUAUAGUCUGCAACUUCUCGAUGAUUCAAUUCUAAAAAAAAUGUUAGCACUAAUAUUGCCAUGAGGAACUGCAAGAAGACGUCGCACACAAAGUAGGACACGGUAGUAACAUGUCUUAUGAAAAUAUAGAAAGAGAUGUAUUAAUAUUUCACAAGACAAAACAUGCCGAUUCGCUGUUGGCUGGUUUCUACUUACCUCUGCCGUUUUCAGAGUGGAAGGAUUAUACAGCAACAUCACCAUCACCAUCAAUGCUCUUGCACUGCUAGUACUGGGAAUGAUGUUGCCAUUUGUAAACAUUGUGAAAUUAGGUGUGCUACACACCGGGAUGCAUUGCAUCGUAAUGAAUUAUAGUGUACAAAAUAAACUUCAAGUUAUUUAAUAUUUUUUACAAAUAUCCAUUUAAUUGGCCGCGAUAUGUUUGGUUGAUACGACGUUCGUUAAGUGCUAGAGCGUAAGUGUGAUAGAAGGGGUUAAUUGCUGGAUACUGCAUGCCUCUGAACGGAGUGACAACUUGUGGUUUAAAAAAGAAGAGGAUGCUUAUGCGUGAGAGAGUGAAAGAGAGAGAGCAUGUGUGUGAGUGAUGAUUGAUUUAAGUAUCAUCACUUGUAUUGUAAUGCAAAUAAACUGUUGCUAAGAAUCUCCUCAUGAAA